UGAGACGCUCCAUAAAGUUGCGUUCAUUUGAAUCCUGGGGCCUCGUUACUAUGGGGGCGUGAAGCGCGAAGUUUCCAUUCGAAUUUCCUACGCGGUUGCGGUCUGAUUGGCCAGUUCGAGGACGGUUCGGAGAUGCGAUUGGCUGAGCUCCCGGAAGCCCCGAGCCCUGGUUGGCCCAAGGCAUCUCGGAAUCUGGGAGUUAAAGAGUAGCUGCCUGGUGCUGCCCCUGCGGCUGCCGGACCCCCGGGAGAGUCCCCUGGAUUCUCGAUCUCUGCGGAUCCCGAUCGUGGCUUCUCAUUCCCUGCUUACAUAGUUUUAUCACAGUGCUAUGGGAGAUGUCAAAGAAGCUAAAAUGCAAAUAACGCCGGAAACUCCAGGGAAGAUCACUGUACUAAAUCCUUUUGAAAGUCCAAGUGAUUAUUCUAGCCUGCAAGAACAAAUCGUGUCCAGUCCUUCUGUUUUUAAAUCAACAAAGUCUUCAUCAACUCCAGGGAAAUUUAGAUGGUCUAUUGAUCAACUUGCAGUCAUAAAUCCUGUGGAAAUAGAUCCAGAAGACAUUCAUCGUCAAGCUUUAUAUUUAAGUCAUUCUGGAAUAGAUAAAGAUGUGGAAGACAAAAGACAAAAAGCGAUUGAAGAGUUUUUUACUAAAGGCGUCAUUGUACCCUCUCCUUGGACUGAUCAUGAAGGAAAACAAGUUUCACAAUGUCAUUCCAGUAAAUGUAUAGAUAUAGACAAUGUAUCUCCAAUUGGAAGAGAAUUGACCUUACCUUCUGGAAAAAACAAUGUUGCUUGUCAGACUUUGUUGUCUCUCCCUGUGGAUUUUAAUUUAGAAAAACUUUUGGGGGAAUAUUUCAGAGCAGAUGAAUUUGCGGACCAAUCUCAAGAAAACCUCAGUUCCUCAUCUCUAAGAAGAAAACUGUUUUUAGAUGGAAAUGGAAGUAUGUCUGAUUCCUUAUCUCCAACUUCUCCCAAGAGUCCAUAUAGUAAUGCUCCAGCAUCGCUUGAAGUUCUGUAUUCAAUAGAUUUAUCCCCAGUUAGAUGUAGGAGCCCUGUGGAAACACCAAGUUCAGGCCAGUUUUCCUCCAGUCCUAUUCGGGGAGGUACAAGAAAAUAUAGCUUGGAAAGCAUAACAAGUCCCUCAUUUCCACAGCACCCCCCUACAACUAUUGCUUCACCAGCAUUCUCUCCAAUUGCUUUUCAGAUAGGAAAAACACCACUCUCUGAACCAAGGAAGUUUACCUUUCGUUCUCCUGAAAUACCAUCUGCUUCAAAUUCUAAUGGUAUUACCAAUUCCUGUGCCAGAAGUCCUUAUAUAGAUGGCUGCUCUCCAAUUAAAAAUUGGUCUCCUAUGAGACUUGGGACGUGUAAAGCAGGUACUCAGUACCGUACUUCACUCAUCCGGAUACCUUUUACUCUUGAGCAUCAUAAUGAAGAAGAAGAAGAAGAAGAAAAAGAAAAUGCUCCUCCUAAAGAUACCUCUUUACCACCAAUGGAUACUACUGGAGUACAUCUGCGACAGUUGGAUGGAGAUGCUUUAGCAUGUGGCACACAUUUAGUUGUGGCUACCAUGUCUAUUACAAAAGAUCAAUCCAAUGCUUGUGAGAAAGAAUUGGCAUUGUUGCAAGACACUGAAGGUGAAAAGGAGAAUAGCUCUGUAGAUAUGGUUGAUCCUGUAGAGAUAGCAGAUGAGAACAUUUGGGUUAAGGAUACAGUUGGUAAUGGGAGUUUACCAAUGACUGGAUAUAUGACAGGUAUUGCUUUCAGUAUUGAAAGCUCUCAUAUGUGCAUGUCACCUCUUGCAGAAAGCAGUGUCAUUCCUUGUGAAAGCAGUAGCAUUCAGGUGGAUAGUGGCUAUAAUACACAGACUUGUGGGAGCAGUAUUAUUGAUACCAUUGGAAUAGGAACAGAGAGCUACUGUAGAGAAAAUGAUGUACCAUCCUUUGAAGUUCAGAACAAAUCUCAAAUCUCAAGUCAAAUCUCAAAUCUUGAAGCAAAGCAGGAACAUACAACACAAGGAUAUUGGAGGAAAACAACACAUCCUUCAUAGAAAUGUGUGUGUGUCGGAACUGUAAGACCAUCACUGAAUUACUAAUUGCAGAUAUUCUGUGCACAGGCUCAAUAAUGUGAUUAUGAUUGGGAGAAAACUGCCUUGAACUAUUGAACUAUUUUUUCAUUCCCUUCCCAAUGUGAAAGUUGGCACUGAAAAUCAAAUGCCCAAGUUGAUGUUUACAAGGAAAAGGGCAGAAAAGCUCCUGAAACUUCACCAAAUCACAGAAGUAGACAUUUAUUUUUAUCAUUAAAUCUUCAAAAUUACCUCAAGUGACUUGAUCAUAACUAAAUUUUUGUUACAUGUGACAUGAUGAUGAUUUUUUCUGAUGUAGGGGAUUAAUAAAUUCUUAUUUUUCACA